AUGUUUGUGUGUGUGUAUGUAUAUAUAUAUAUAUAUAUAUAUAUAUAUAUAUAUAUAUAUAUACAACCAUCUGGCAUCAUCCACUUCCUUUGGACUAUAGUAGCACAGUAAAAUGCUAUACAAAGGAGGGGGGAAAAAAAAAAGUGAAAAAUAAAUAAAUAAAAUGUAUGCACUCACUAACUGUAAGUCGCUCUGGAUAAGAGUGUCUGCUAAAAUGACUAAAAUGUAAAAAUAUAAAAUAAAAUAUUUGUGUGUUGACUUUGAUCAGGGGCGGGGGAAUUUAAGUGUGUCUCGUCUGUUUAUUGAACAAAAUAACAAACUAUUGAUUUUAUUUGCAUGUGCGAAAUUGCAUUACUGUGUUUUUGACUUUAUUCUGGAAUCUCAGUUACCUGGUUUGAUUAAAAGGGGACCUUGAAAUGUUGGAGUUUUUAAAUAAUCUCUCAUUUUUACAACAUCUAACCGAGUAGGCAAAACUGGUUGAAAUCACCAAUUUUUUUCAACCAGUUUCAUCCACUGGGAAGGUAUUUUUAACAUUAAAGUACAUUUAAGACUAUUUAUCUUAUUAAUAAUAAAUGAUAUGAUAUGUUAUCAAUCAUGAAAUGUCAUGGUAAAUUACUUUGAUAAUUACCUUUGGUAAUAUUAAUUAUUUGGUCUCCAUGGCAACAGCACACAUGGCAAAUUGCUUUCAUGAAAUGUUUUAUUUAUUUUGGUUAUAUUUUUUCCAAAACUGCUCUGACAACUUGCUAUCAGUCUGCCAGCCAGCUUCUCCCUCUCUCCUCGUCUCCUUCGCAUGCCAUUCACUGUCUGCAUGGCUUGAGCUCUCUUGCUGUCUGCCUGGCGGUGCCUGUUCGCCAGAGGCCUCCACCGACCCCCAGACCUCACCUCUCUCUGGGCUCCAGCCCUAACCUCUCUCUGGGCCCUAGCCCUCACCUCUCUCUGGGCCCUAGCCCUCACCUCUCUCUGGGAACCAGCCCUCACCUCUCUCUGGGCCCUAGCCCUAACCUCUCUCUGGGCCCCAGCCCUCACCUCUCUCUGGGCCCUAGCCCUAACCUCUCUCUGGGCCCCAGCCCUCACCUCUCUCUGGGCCCUAGCCCUCACCUCUCUCUGGGUCCUAGCCCUCACCUCUCUCUGGGCCCCAGCCCUCACCUCUCUCUGGGCCCCAGCCCUCACCUCUCUCUGGCCCCCAGCCCUCACCUCUCUCUGGGCCCUAGCCCUAACCUCUCUCUGGGCCCCAGCCCUCACCUCUCUCUGGGCCCUAGCCCUAACCUCUCUCUGGGCCCCAGCCCUCACCUCUCUCUGGGCCCCAGCCCUCACCUCUCUCUGGGCCCCAUCCCUCACCUCUCUCUGGGCCCCAUCCCUCACCUCUCUCUGGGCCCCAUCCCUCACCUCUCUCUGGGCCCCUGCCCUCACCUCCCUCUGGGCCCCAGCCCUCACCUCUCUCUGGGCCCCAUCCCUCACCUCUCUCUGGGCCCCUGCCCUCACCUCUCUCUGGGCCCCAUCCCUCACCUCUCUCUGGGCCCCUGCCCUCACCUCCCUCUGGGCCCCAGCCCUCACCUCUCUCUGGGCCCCAUCCCUCACCUCUCUCUGGGCCCCAGCCCUCACCUCUCUCUGGGCCCCAGCCCUCACCUCUCUCUGGGCCCCAGCCCUCACCUCUCUCUGGGCCCCAUCCCUCACCUCUCUCUGGGCCCCAUCCCUCACCUCUCUCUGGGCCCCUGCCCUCACCUCCCUCUGGGCCCCAGCCCUCACCUCUCUCUGGGCCCCAGCCCUCACCUCUCUCUGGGCCCCAGCCCUCACCUCUUUCUGGCCCCCCGCCCCUCACCUCUCUCUGGGCCCCAUCCCUCACCUCUCUCUGGGCCCUAG